ACUACAAUUUCCACAACUGGGGUCGGGCGGGAGCCUCCACCACCCGAGGAGUGACUUGCUUGCAUGCCUCCACGGAGCCCACGAGGGCUUUAGCCCCGCCUCCCUGGGAGCGGGGCGUGGCUUAGGGGCGGGGACUGGUCGCGGAGCCUGCGGCGGCGACCAGGGGGAAAAGGAAGAACAUGGCGGGUGCGUCGGAGUCCGCCGGCGGCCCGGGGGCAGCGGGCGGAGAUGGAGACGAUUCGCUAUACCCGAUCGCGGUUUUAAUCGACGAGCUCCGCAAUGAGGACGUGCAGCUCCGUCUCAACAGUAUUAAGAAGUUAUCAACAAUUGCUCUAGCACUUGGAGUAGAAAGAACUAGAACUGAACUGCUGCCAUUCCUUACUGAUACAAUCUAUGAUGAAGAUGAGGUACUAUUAGCUCUUGCUGAGCAGCUGGGAAAUUUCACUGGCCUUGUGGGAGGUCCUGACUUUGCCCACUGUCUGCUGCCUCCUUUGGAAAGUCUAGCAACUGUGGAAGAGACUGUGGUUCGUGACAAGGCUGUGGAGUCGUUGAGGCAGAUCUCCCAGGAGCAUACUCCUGUUGCUCUGGAAGCUCAUUUUGUACCUCUGGUGAAACGCCUAGCAGGUGGUGACUGGUUCACUUCUCGCACAUCUGCAUGUGGUUUGUUCAGCGUUUGCUAUCCCAGGGCUUCCAAUGCUGUCAAGGCAGAAAUUAGACGGCACUUCCGUUCUCUGUGCUCAGAUGACACACCAAUGGUACGACGUGCUGCUGCUUCCAAAUUGGGUGAAUUUGCAAAAGUUUUGGAAUUAGAAAGUGUGAAAAGUGAAAUUGUUCCAUUGUUCACCAGUCUAGCUUCAGAUGAACAGGACUCAGUGCGCCUCCUAGCUGUGGAAGCUUGUGUCAGUAUUGCCCAGUUACUGACCCAGGACGACCUUGAAACUUUGGUGAUGCCUACACUUCAACAGGCAGCAGAAGAUAAAUCUUGGCGAGUUCGCUAUAUGGUAGCUGACAAAUUUUCAGAGCUCCAGAAAGCUGUGGGUCCUAAAAUCACCCUAAAUGACCUCAUCCCCGCCUUUCAGAACCUCCUUAAAGACUGUGAAGCUGAAGUCCGAGCAGCUGCUGCCCACAAAGUGAAAGAACUUUGUGAGAACUUACCCAUUGAAGGUAGAGAGACCAUAAUUAUGAAUCAAAUUCUGCCCUAUAUAAAGGAAUUAGUUUCUGAUACAAAUCAACAUGUCAAAUCUGCUCUAGCUUCUGUGAUUAUGGGAUUGUCUACCAUUUUGGGUAAAGAGAACACCAUUGAACAUCUUCUGCCUCUUUUUUUAGCUCAGUUAAAAGAUGAGUGUCCUGAAGUUCGUUUGAACGUCAUCUCCAAUUUGGAUUGUGUAAAUGAAGUGAUUGGAAUCCGUCAGCUUUCUCAGUCUCUCCUUCCUGCCAUAGUGGAGCUGGCUGAAGAUGCCAAGUGGAGGGUCCGGCUGGCCAUCAUUGAGUAUAUGCCGCUGCUGGCGGGCCAGCUGGGUGUGGAAUUCUUUGAUGAAAAGCUCAAUUCUUUAUGUAUGGCCUGGCUUGUGGACCAUGUAUAUGCUAUUCGAGAAGCUGCCACAAACAACCUCAUGAAACUAGUUCAGAAGUUUGGUACAGAGUGGGCCCAAAAUACCAUUGUCCCCAAAGUGUUAGUGAUGGCAAAUGAUCCUAAUUACUUGCAUAGAAUGACCACUUUAUUCUGCAUUAAUGCACUGUCUGAAGCCUGUGGUCAGGAAAUAACCACGAAGCAAAUGCUGCCCAUCGUAUUAAAAAUGGCAGGAGACCAAGUAGCAAACGUUCGUUUCAAUGUGGCCAAAUCCCUACAGAAAAUUGGACCAAUUCUAGAUACUGAUGCUUUGCAGGGUGAAGUUAAGCCGGUACUACAAAAGUUAGGCCAAGAUGAAGACAUAGAUGUCAAAUAUUUCGCACAGGAAGCUAUAAGUGGUAUGUAUUUCUGUUUUCUGCCUUGUAGCUUAUGCUUUGGUUAACAGGGUUUCAUUUCUCUCUUGCCUGAGGGAUGUUCCAUUGGCGAGGUUGUAAACAUUCUAUGGGGGGUAGGAAGGGUGGUGAGUUUCAUGGAAUGUUGGUGCCCUUCUGGUGAGGACCUUCCUGGCCCAUCAUUCACUCAUAAGUGAGCAGGCCAUUUUCUCAGUUCACUAUCUAGGGCUGGGUAAGAAUAUGAUUCUUAGAGGUAAGAACAGUUUUGUUCUAGUUUGGAUUUCAACCAAUUUUUAAAGUUUUAACUUGUGAUUAGCCUGGCAGAGUAAUGACACUGACCACAGUGAGAAGUGUAUAGUCUCAUGCUUCGGAUCAUUGCUACUGUUCUUAAUAUUCACAUAGUUCAUCAGCUUUCUGUACCACUAACCUGAUUUUGUUUGGAAUUUUCCAGUUCUUGCGUUGGCAUAAUGAGGAACAGGAGGGAAAAGACUUUACUAAAAUUGUUAUCACAGAUUUCUAGUCAAUAUGUUCCUAAGCUGGGUGGAGAAAAAUGGAAAACCUUCAAGAUCUUAUCUAAGCAAAUGCAGCAACUUACAAGAAAUCAAAUUUCAGUGACUUGAUUCUUCCCAAAGAUGAAAUGGAAUUGUUUUUUACUCGUCUUCUUUGUUGGGAUAAUUAUUUGAGUCGUUCUUAUUGUUUCUGACCAAUUCCUGACUUUCAGUACAGUCUUCUCUUGAUUGUCUCCUACUGAUUAUCUGUGACUAUCUGGGCUCCUGCAUCUUCACUGUCUAAUCAGGCCCUGGUCACCUAAUAUUCCAGACAAAGCCUGGAUAGGUUUGGACCCAGACCUGGAGUGGAGUGGAGUAUCUUGAUGUUUACAUUUAUCCAUUUGUUUCUCAUCAUUCCAGUGUUGAAUAUACAUGGCUUAGAAUAACUUAUUUUAUGAACUCUCCAUUUGGGAGACAUACUGAGAUUUGACUGUAGUGAAAGCCACGUUUUCCUGGACAAUGAGGGUCCGCAUCAGUGUCUCACAGGAAAGGGGAAUGUGGACGCUUAGGGUUAGUAUUGGUUAGUUCUGACUGUAAUCAUGUCAUUCAGAGACCUGAAGUGUGGACACAUCUUGCUGCUAACAUGUGAUGUUGAAACCUGACCAAAUUUCAAUGGCUCACCACUUCUGACUGCAUUUAAAAACACUUCUCUCUCUCUUCUGAGAAAUUUUACGUUGAGUGCCUCCUGAUAAGCAGUGGUUCUGUUUCAUUGUGAGAUUUCAGCUUUGAUUUCUAAUGAGUAAAGGAACCACUGGUAUAAUACUGUGUAGAUCUCCUGUUCUUUCCCUGGUUCUGCUUCAGCAGUGGUAACAUCUGGUCACUGCUACAUUGUAUAGUAGCUUUCCAAACUGAAGUUUCAUUACUGUUUUUUUUUUUAUAUGGGUGAUGCCGAAGUCUUCAUCAUUUGAAAUAUUUGUUUUUCUGCUUUUACAGUAAAACCUCAUUAAUUCUUCUUGGAAUCUAAGAUGGGUUAAGCUGAAGGGUUUGCUGAAGCAAAUUAUUAAUAUGUAAGGAAGCUUAUUUUAAAGCUCUGUUUAAAAAGCACCCAUUUACUAGUUGAUAUUCCAAUUACCAGUCAUCCUUUUCAGUUCUGCUAAAAUAUCUUCCAUGAGGAGCUCUAUGAAACCACCUCUCCCCCCCUUUUUUUAGAUGCAUUCAGUUUACUGUUUAUCCUUUAAAUACAUAUGUGUGCAUUUCAUGGAUAAUUUAAAUAUUUCUUUCUUUUAAAUUUAUUUACAUUUUUAACUUUUUCAAACUCACCUUGUCCCUAGUAAUUUUCAUUAAUUAGGUUUUACUGUAGCUUCUUUUUCUCUCAGUGCAACUUGCUAUGUAGUUUGCUUGUUUCCAUUUUGGUUUUUGAAUUGUUUAUUCCUUCACAACCUUUUAAACCAGCCAGCCUUGUUCUAUUUUGUGAAGUCCCAAAGACUCCUGUAAAACUUUGUACAUUAUACAAUUACAUAAAACGAAGUUUGAGUAAAUAUUUUCAAAUUUGUCUUACCUUAGGAAAACAGAACACUUAAAAUCCAAAAUGACCUGCCUGUGUUUUAAACUGCCAAAUUAUAAUAAGAUUCAGUUUUACUGCUUUUUAGGUCAAGGGUUAAAUAUGUUUCUAAGCAAAAAUCUUUUCUACUUUCUCAUUGUCAUAUCUUAAACUUAUGCUGUAAACAUUUUAAUUUUGUAGUUCUUUAUAUUUUAUUACGUACGGGUUAUGUUCCUCUUCACUGAAUUUCAUAUUUGAGAGACUGUUAUCUUGAGUCUUGAAACAAAUUUGCACAACCAUUGCGUUACUCUUUGACUGGAAGUGCCAUUGGUUUGGGGAGAAAUUUUUAAACUUCCUUUGUUUCCCCCCAUGGGGAGCCCUGUGCAUUGUCUCUGCCCUAGACUUUUAGAGGGAGAGCCAGGGAGCCCAGCAGGGCUAUCCUUCUGGUGACCCCUUAGGGAAUUUAUUGUUAGUUUUUGACUUAAGCGAUAGGGUGUCCCUUUUGUUACUCUUCAGAUAAAUUGUUCUUUGGCUCAUAGCUUGGUCAUUUUUUCAAUGGGUUAGUUUUCUUAUUUUGAUAUCACUAGAAUGUAAGCUCUAGGAGCUCUUGAAGGGUGGGUAUUUUUGUCUGUUUUGCCUUCUGCUGUAUCACCAGCACUUAGAUCAGUGUCUGGUGUACAUAGUAGGUGCUCAAAAACGUUUUCAGUGAAUUAAUUCCUAAAAUCUAUUCUCUGAUGUGUUUCGUGUAUGGAAUGAGUCAUCAAAGGUACCAGACUGCAUCUCCUUCUCCCACUGACACAAUGAAAGGAUUUUACCGCUCUUGAGAAACAAGCUGCAUGUGGCGCUUCUCCAGUCCCCCAUCACAGGCAACAGUUUGGAUUUGUAUGAAGUUCUUUUGCCUCCAACAAACAUUGCCCUAGUUUUCGUUCUAGGCAGUUUACAUCAGUUGUUUGACUAAUAAUUAAUUAGUAAAGAGAAUCGGAGACACAUGUUCAACUUAAAGCAAUAUGAAUACCUCAUCAGCAAUCACUGGAAUUCUUUUUUUUUUUUUUUUCUUUUACAAUUUAUGUGUGUUUAUCCCUCAUGGCUUUAAGAGACCAGAUCUUGUUUCUCUGUUGUUGGCCAAGAAGAUAUGAACUGAAGGUGCAUCUGUUUAAUAAAAAUAAAUACGUUAA